AUGGAUAGAAUGCUCGAAACUAGUGAAACAUUUUCUAUUUCAGGCAUUAUUGAAAAUGAAAUUGAACAAAGGGAAUCAUUUAUUAAUGAUACUUCAAAAAUAGUAGAAUUACUUUUUAAACAAUUUAACAUAACCCAACAACAACAACAAAACAAUGAAAAUAAAUUAAUAAAUGAAACAUUUUCAAUGGUUUUUCAACUUUUCAAAGAAAUGUUAUCACCAUUAUAUUCAUUAGUUAAUGAAGACAUGAUGCCAAAUAUAUUUGAACUCUACCAAAUGACAGAAGAUUUAAGAUAUUAUUUUGCACUUUUUAAUGGUGAUAUUAAAAAUAAAUUAAAAAAUAUCACUACAACUACAAAAGAUCUUAGAAUUUGUAAUAAUAAAAAGGAAUUAAUUAAAGAAUUAAUAAAAAAUCAAUAUGAUAUUGAUAGAAAACCAAUUGAUCAACAAUCAAUUUCAAAUUUAAGAAAAGAAGAAAAAGAAAAACAAAAAGAAAAUGAAAAUGAAAAUGAAAAUGAAAAUGAAAAUGAAAAUGAAAAUGAAAAAGAAAACCAAGAAUUGGAUAAAAAAGUAAAUCAAACAAAUGAUAAUGAAAAAGAUGGUGAUGAAAAUGAAAACGAAAUUAAAGAUUGUUUCUUUUUAUUAUUCCAACUUUUUACAUCAAUUGUUUAUAAUCUUCAAUCAAAUUGUGAAAAACUUUUAUUACAAUCAAUUGAUAUUUCUAAAAAUAAUUUUAAAAGACAAUUUUAUAAUCAUUUAAUUAAAAGAGAUUUAAAUUAUUUAGAAAAUUUAACUUUUAGAUUAAAUUUAAUAAAUGAUUUAAAUAAAAAAGAAGAAGAAAAAGAAAAAGAAAAAGAAAAAGAAAAAGAAGAAAACUCUUUUGAUACCUUUUCAAAAUUAUUUUUAAAUGAUAAACAACAAAAAGAAAAUACAAAUAAUAUUAUCAAUAAUAAUUUAUUAGAAUCAUUUCAAAUUAUAUUUUCAAAUUAUAUUGAAAAAAAUAAUUUAAAUGUUGAUUUGAUUUUAGAAAGUUUUAAUAAUUAA